AUGGAGCAAUCAGCGUGGAAGCGGCAUUUUAGCGGUUCUAAAAUUAUAUUUUAUAUCCUAUUCCAUGGGAUGCAUCUGGGAGUUUUUAUUUUUGGAUGGUAUAAACAGGCUGGCGAUAUUCGACUUGCACCACUUAAUACCCUGCAGUUUUCAGUAUGGAUAUCCCGAGGAGCUGGUUUAGUCCUCUCCGUCGAUGGCCUUCUCAUCCUGCUUCCGAUGUGUAGAACCCUCUUGCGCGUUGUCAGACCGAAAUUUAGAUGGCUGCCGCUCGAUGAAUCGAUAUGGUUCCAUCGACAGGUUGCGUAUUCAUUGCUCUUCUUUAGCCUUCUCCAUACUCUCUCUCAUUAUGUGAACUUUUUCAAUGUUGAAAAGUCUCAAGUCCGUCCGGAAACUGCGGUUCAGAUCCACUACACUCAAGCUGGUGGUAUCACUGGGCAUAUCAUGCUCUUGUGCAUGCUAUUGAUGUACACCACGGCCCAUGCACGUAUCAGGCAACAAGCUUUUGAGACUUUUUGGUAUACGCACCAUCUAUUUAUUCCAUUCAUGCUAGGCCUUUACACCCAUGCUACGGGCUGUUUCGUGCGAGAUACCGUCGACCCCUUCUCUCCAUUCGCAGGAAAAGACUUUUGGGACCAUUGCAUUGGUUAUGAAGGGUGGAGAUGGGAGCUCUGGGGUGGUGGAAUCUAUCUCAUCGAGCGGCUCUACCGUGAAAUCCGUGCUGCUCGGGAAACACAAAUUACCAAGGUUGUUAGACAUCCCUACGAUGCCAUGGAAAUUCAAUUCAGCAAGCCUAGUAUGAAAUAUAAAGCUGGGCAGUGGCUAUUCAUCCAGGUUCCCGACAUUUCUCGAGGCCAAUGGCAUCCAUUUACCAUCACAUCCUGCCCUUUUGAUCCCUACAUCAGUAUCCACAUCCGCCAGGUGGGCGAUUGGACCAGAGCCCUCGGCAACCGUCUUGGUUGCGGCCCUCAACAAGCCAAAGAUAUAGACGGCCUCGAUCCCCUCGGAAUGUACGAGAUUGCGGUCCAAAACGGCCAGACCAUGCCGAAAAUUCGCAUAGAUGGACCGUACGGAGCUCCAGCCGAGGACGUGUUCGACAACGAAAUUGCCAUUCUCAUCGGUACCGGUAUCGGAGUAACACCGUGGGCUUCGAUCCUCAAAAACAUCUGGCAUCUGCGCGCUGGACCAAAUCCACCUACCCGUCUUCGCCGAGUCGAGUUCAUUUGGAUAUGUAGAGACACUAGUUCCUUUGAAUGGUUCCACGCUCUUCUCUCCUCCCUCGAAUCCCAAUCUGCCGCCGAUUCGAGCACUGGCCAGCAGUUCUUGCGUAUCCACACAUACCUAACCCAGCGGUUCGACCAGGACACCGCCGCCAACAUCAUGCUCAAUUCUGUUGGCCAACAAGUUGACCCCUUAACUGAAUUGCGUACCGGUACGAAGUUCGGCCGCCCGGACUUCAAGACGUUCUUUUCGGCUAUGCGAACUGGACUUGUUGAUCAGUCGUAUAUGCCCGGUCUGGAUGCCUCAUUGCGAACGGAUGUUGGUGUGUACUUCUGUGGGCCGAACGUUGCAGCUAAGGAGAUCAAAAAGGCAGCCAAAGAGUGUACGACGAGAGAGGUGCGGUUCAGAUUCUGGAAGGAACAUUUCUAA